AUGGAAGGACGUGGACGACGUGGUAUGCCAGCCUGUGCACCUGUGCCAGGCUCGACAGGAGAUCCUCAGUCUUGGUACUUCAAGACGCGCUGCAUUGUCUUCGACUUGGGAGCCUCAGUGCUCAUCCGUGUUACACGGAUGGCUGCGAGUUCUGGUGGGGCCCUGGAGCCAGAGGGGAGCUACGGGGGAGUCGAUCUCACCGGAGCCGUGGUCGGCGUCGAUGCUGCCUCAAUGGUGACCCUGCAGUGGUUCAAUCUGGGCGAAUCAGUGGUGAGUCCUUUGACCGCUCUUCUACAGAAGCUGGCAGACAAGGAGGAGGAGAAGAUCCCCAAACCUCUGUACGACUUCGCGGAGUCUGACCAUGCAGCAAUUCUCGAAAAAAUGGGUGAAUCGGAGGUGGAGGCCGAGGCCGCUGCACUGUUAAAGGAGCCGAACGGCUUACGGCAAACGGCGAACUUGAAAGUGCUUGGGAACACUACGUGUGUUCGCUACAGCAAACAUGGCUUCGCUUUGGCGUGGCUCUCAAAGGUGAUGAGCUCAUUUACGAUGUUCGACGAGUAUUUCUUGAAGGACCUGGGAACUGAUCAGGCAAUCUGGGCCGUGGCGUCAGAUAUGGCGAAUGGACUGCGACCGGUGGGCCAGGCGACGAGCUGUUUGACCUUCGUUUCACCAUCGCCAGAUGCUGAGUGCGCAGCUCUUGUCCUUGAUGGCACAAUCGCUGCGCAGAACCUUGCAGCUGUUUGCCUCAAGCGCAGUUUGUACAAGGAGGCCAUUGAGUGGGCAGAUGCCGCUCUCUCCAUGGAUGGGAAGGACAUGUGCAAUUUGGUGCUCAACUUGCAGAAUCCUAGAGGGCCGGUUGCAGCAGCUUCGCCGAAUGACCCCGAGGUGCGGAAACUGCUGCGCGAGGUGCAACCGCGUCUAAAGGAAAAUAGCAACCUCGCCGGUGCGAUGGAAGAGGAUGAGAAGAUGAAAGAGACGAACAUACCUGACCAAAGCGCAGCUCGGGCGCAGAAGCAGCUCACAGGCAUCCUCACGGGCUUGAUCCUGAUCAUCGCGGGGAGCCUCUGUUUGGGCUUGGCAGACGUAGAGAACGACUGGGCCUGGCCCGCCGCCUACGUCUUCUACGGACUUGGUGGCUGCUGCGUCCACCUCUCCAGCUUCUCUUUGGGCAACGCUUUUGGAAAGGCCAAGGGCGUGGUCAUCUCCUGCUUUGUGGCAACGUUUUCGAUCUCGGCGCUGGCGUUUCAAGUCUUCGACCUGGCCUACCGGGCUGGGCUGACACUUCGAGUCGUAUCGCUGAUCCAUGUCAGCCUCGAGGCUCUCAACAUGUGCUUUUCUGGAUGGCUGUGGCCAGAUUCAGCACUGAAACCAGGAACGCGAUUGACCUUCGAGCGAUGCCGGAUCAAGUCAAGCGGGGGAAUGGAGCAGGGAAUCGCCGCCAAGAGUCUUACUGUUCGGGAGCGCUGCGUCUCAGCGCUGGGCAUUGCGAGGACCUACAAGUUUGUCGGGUUCCUCACUUUCCACUUCACCCAGCUCGGUCUGAAUCGAUGUUUGAUGGGGUGGAUGGCGGCUGAGCUACGUUGGAAGCACGAGGAGCUGCUCGGUGCUUCGAGACCCGGGCUCGACAUCGAUCAUGAGCUGGCCAUGUUCAAUUUCUUGCAAGCAGGGGCUGGUUUCAUUUCUAUCCCUGUCUUUGGAUGGCUGGUGGCACGAUUCGGGCACCGGCGUGCUCCUUUCUGCGCUACAGCCGGCCUUGCCGUUCUUUUUCUCGCUGUCCGGCCCUUUAGCGAACCGUGGCUCUUGCCGAUCCUUUACAUUGUGUCGGCUUGCCACCGUCAGCUGUUCUUCUCGACGUUCUUCACGUUCAUGAUUUCCGAAUAUCCGGCCGAAUUGUUUGCGACACUGGCUGGAAUGGCGAACGUUCUGGCUGGCCUAGUGUCCUUCCUGCAGAAUCCACUCUUGGAGCUUGUCUUGCGGGACAUGGAUGGGCACUUCUUGCUUCCGCUGCUGGCACAGCUAGGAAUCGCUGCCAUUGUGUUCGUUUGUUCCCUCAUCGCCUGGUUCUACGACAAGCCCGCGCUUCCGCCACCGGCAGCUCUCGACACGGAGACUGUAGAUGAGGCUGCAGAAACGAAGCUGCAACUCUGCCCUGCCCAUGACAGCCCUGUUCCCAUAGUACAGCCGCGUGCGCAUGGAGCGGUAAUGGAGCCGGAGCCGGUCCAGAAUGCCACAUCGAAGUACCUGAAGCGGCGCCUGCCGACUGCGAAUGCGGAGCCCUCGAAAGUCGCUGAGCAAUUAAAUGAAACGAGACACGAGACUCAAGGAGGCCGGGCCAACAGAGCAACAUCAUACGCUGACAGGCGGUUGCCAGCAGUGACCUCUUGCCUCUCUGGGAGCUCGAUGCCUCACAGUGAAGCACCAACAGAUCAGGAGAAGGAAUGCCCUGCACAGCGCAGAGAGCCAUACCUUCUCCGCCGGCGUCAGAUUGACUUCACUUGGGUCGACCUGGACGGGGUAGCUGGCCAUCAGCAGCCUCAAGCUUCGGGCACGCGCUUGUCAAUACACGGCCGAGGAAGCCACAUCUUUCGAACUGCGGAGGACAUGCUACAUGUUGGUCCCCUCGCCUUCGGUGACUCAACUGACAAGGACUAUGUGACUUCUUGCGACAGGCAGGGAGGUAGACUUGAGCAUUUGGAGCCAGUGCUGUUGAAUAUCUACGACCUGGGAGACAGCAAAGCCAUCCAACGUCUGAAUGUACUCCUGAAACCCAUGGGUUCUGGUGCAUACCAUGCGGCCGUACAAGUGUACGGACAGGAAUGGAGCUUCGGAGGCUUGAGCAUUGACGAUCCGAUUGAAGAGGGGUUCGAAACUGGGAUAUGGAGCUGCCGGCCGCAGGGUUGCAGGCAGCAUUCUUACCGAGAAAGUGUUGCAAUGGGGCACACUAGCCAUUCUCAUGUGCAGAUUCUCGAAAUUAUUCGUGGCAUGAUGGACGAAUGGCCCAUGAAUAGCUACCAGAUAUUGCGGCGAAACUGCUGCCAUUUUUGCGACGCUUUCUGUCAACUCAUCGGAGUGGGGCCUUUGCCGGCUUGGGUUCUCAACCUUGCUGGCGUCGGUGCCUCGCUUGAGAGCAUGCAAACCUCCACCUUUCACGCCACCGCUUCUGCAGCAAGUGUGGUGAGGGAUUUCGCAUUGCGGAUCAAGAAAGUGCCAGCCUAA